AGGGCAUAGUGCUGAGAGAUACAUUUCUACUCUGAACAACACGAUUUUUACGGAGAAGAGGAACGCACCACCGUAGACCACGACAGUAAAUGUUAUCAAACGAUAUCGAAAAUGAGUUAUCUUCCAGGAACGGCGAGCUUAGUUGAAGAAAUAGAUAAAAAACUUUUGGUUGUUUUACGUGACGGAAGGACACUGAUUGGAUUUCUAAGAAGUAUUGACCAGUUUGCCAAUUUAGUCCUCCAAAGAACUAUAGAGAGAAUCCAUGUUGGCAAGAAGUAUGGCGAUAUUCCGAGGGGAAUUUUUGUUGUACGUGGAGAAAAUGUGGUGCUUCUAGGAGAAAUAGAUCUUGAAAAUGAAAACAAUGACCAACUAGAGGAAGUUCCCAUUGAUGAUAUCCUGGAAAUGCAGAGAGAGGAACAGCUACAGAAACAACAGGCAGAGGAGAGAAAGAAAAAGUCCAUGUUGGAACAAGGCCUUCAGCCACAUUCAGAAAUGCAUGAAGAAUACCUCUGAUAAGGAGAAACAGAACUUAUGAGUGGUUUACUAUGGAACUGUGCCUCAGAGUGGUAGAAGCUAGUGACAUAAUGUGAUUAGCUGAUAGUGGUUUGUAAUACCAACUAGAAUAGUUCACUCCAACCGCUAGUGGUUUACAUCAAAUACUGAAAUUUUCAGUACAUUGAAUCGAGGGGUUGGAGGUGAGGGCGUGACAUAUACUUCAGCUCAAAAUAGGGGAAAGGAUUAUUGCAUGACAAUAAAAUUGCAAUUGAUUAGAAUUUUUAUAGUGCUGUAAUUGCCAUGGAUGGCCUUUUUAGUGGACAUGAGCUUUCGGAUAAAUAUUGUAAUGGCUUGUGGCUUAUAUUGGAGCUGCUAAAGACUUGCAAUAGAAAAGUGUAGGGGCUUGUCUUGAAUUACAUACUUUUGGUGGUUUUACAUUUUGCAUAAAUCACCAAUUCUUGUUUACAUUAGAAACAAUAAUGAUUUGCAAUAGAAAUUCAAAUCAGACUUAGUUUGAUAUAUAAUUUGGUUACAUUUUCACAGAAAAUGUUAUUAUCAGUCCAAGGGACAUAACUUAGACACAUAAGGUGUAAAAAUUAGUUGUAUAUAGCCAGAAUUUAUAUGAGAUAUACUUGUCUUUGAGUAUACCAGUGUGAUUUUUUUUUUGUUAUAACAUUGUAAAUUUUGCUUUGGUAUACAUUACACAGUAAUGACCAGAAUGUAUUCAUGUCUAAGAGAAUUAGUUUAUAGAUACAUUACAGAUUAUUACUUAGAAUUAAGAAUUGUGAUAUUCUAGUGUUGGUUUUUCAUAUUAAAACUGACAGUAGAUAUUUUAUUUUAGAAAUUACUUAACAGCAAUUUCAAAAUACCAUCAUAAUUUCAUCAUUUGAAUCUGUCAGAAACAGCAAACAGCAAUUUCAAAAUACCAUUAUGAUUUCAUCAUUUGCAUCUGUCGGAAACCUCUCAUUUUUUAUGACUGAGAAUUAAUAUUUUUCUUGUUAUGUUUUCUUUCAUCUUUAAAAGGAUGUACUUUACUUUUGUAUUUGUUGUGUAUAUAAUAUUUGGCUCUGUGUUAACUCUGAGUCCAUGGGAAAGUCUCCUACCCGUUAGAUAGGGUGAUGUAGUGAUCCUGGGAGAGUUAUCUACCUGUUAGAUAGGGUGAUGGGAGUGAUCCUAGGAGAGUUAUCUACCCCGUUAGAUAGGGUGAUGUAGUGAUCCUGGGAGAGUUAUCUCCCCCUUAGAUAGGAUGAUGUAGUGAUCCUGGGAGAGUUAUCUAUCCGUUAGAUAGGGUGAUGUAGUGAUCCUGGGAGAGUUAUCUCCCUGUUAGAUAGGGUGAUGUAGUGAUCCUUGGAGAGUUAUCUACCCGUUAGAUAGGGUGAUGUAGUGAUCCUGGAGAGUUAGCUACCCGUAUAG